AUGGCACCUGUGGUUGCCAGGAUGAACAACGAUGAAACGAAUGCCAUCUUCAGGAAGACGCUCCUGGAGUUCGCAAGCGAUGCUAAGGGCUGCCCCUCUCCGGGACCAGGGCAGACGACCCAGACGAACCGGUCGUCUUGGGCGGACCUGACAGACGAGUCCGACGAGGACGACUUCGGCCUCGCGGGUCUGCCGAUGUCGUCUGGUCCUCACGACCUCCUCCAGUUUCAGGCCUGGCCCUCCACGGCCACCAAGGCGGGCACAGACUGCGGCGUAGGGCAGCCGUGCCCGAGCGGCCCGCCCAAGGCGGCAGAGGGCUGCCUGGGCGAGGGCGGCGCAGCGGUGGCCAACACCCGCACGCCCCUCAGCCUGGGCAAGAUGCUGGCGCUGGGGCGCCGCGGCGCCUCCGUUCUCGAGCGCACGCCGCUCAGCACCAAGGCUGCAGCGUUCGUGCCGCUGCCGCAGUCCUCGCUGCAGCCCUUGCCGACCGUGCUGGCUCCGCCGGCCCGCUGGGGCCGGGCGCCCGCGCAGGAGGAGGCGGCGGGCGGCGCUCCGCGUGCGGAGGGCCCGGAGGGUGGCACGGUGAUGAUGAGGAAUCUGCCGCCGUGCUACACCCGACAGAGACUGAUCGACCUGCUUGCGCUGCAUGGGUUCUCGCAGCACUGCGACUUUCUGUACCUCCCAGUCAACUUCGAGCUCUCGCAGACCGUCGGAUACGCGUUCCUAAACCUGGCGAGCCAGGCGCACCUGGAGCGGUUCUUCCGCGUCUUCGAGGGCUUCAGCGAUUGGGGAGUGGAGUCCGAGCAGGUCUGCAACGUGUGCUGGAGCGAGACGCAAGGCCGGGAGGCGAACAUCGAGCGCUAUCGCAACAGCCCCGUUAUGCGCGACGAGGUCCCCGACGAGUUCAAGCCGACGCUGCUCGUGGGCGGUCGCCCCGUCGCGCUCCCGAGGCCCACCAGGCAGCUGCGGAGCCUCCGCUCCCGCAAGGGGCAGAAGCUCGCCACCGCAGGCGCGGCCUCCGCCAUCGCCUUCCAGUGA